AUGGCGUCCAUCUCAGCUGCCUGUGACGAUGCCUUUGACAAACAACAGAUGGUGCUCUUGGUCAAAGAUUCCCCACAAGGUUUUCUGCCCGGUUCUCAGGGAACACACGGGCCGCGCGUGGACACCACCACUCACGCGCCCGGGGCCCGCGUGCUGCUGCUGCCGCCGCUGCUGCUGCUGCUGCUGGCCGGCCGCGCCGCAGGGGCUCAACGCUGGCGCAGCGAGAACUUUGAGAGGCCGGUGGACCUUGAGGGUUCAGGGGACGACGACUCGUUUCCCGAUGAUGAACUGGAUGACCUCUACUCGGGGUCUGGCUCUGGCUACUUCGAGCAGGAGUCUGGCCUUGAGACAGCCAUGCGGUUCGUUCCCGACAUGGCCCUGGCUGCACCCACUGCGCCUGCCGUGCUCCCCACGACAGAUAUCCAGCCCGUGGAUACCCCGUUUGAGGACCUCCUUUCUGAGCACCCCAGCCCGGAACCAGUUACCAGUCCCCCGCUGGUGACAGAGGUGACAGAAGUCCUGGAAGAACCCAGCCAGAAAGCCACCACCAUCUCCAUCACCACAUCUACCACGGCUGCCACUACCACGGGGGCCCCUACUAUGGCCACGGCACCUGCCACAGCAGCCACCACUGCCGCUAGCACUCCCGCGGUACCCCCUGCCACGGCCACCACCGCUGACGUAAGGACCACCAGCAUACAGGGGCUGCUGCCUCUUCCCCUGACCACAGCUGCCACAGCCCAGGCCACUACCCCACCGGCACCCUCACCGCCCACUACUGUGGCUGCCUUGGACACGGAGGCCCCCACACCUAGGCUGGUGAGCACAGCUACCUCGAGGCCACGAGCCCUUCCUCAGCCAGUCACCACCCAGGAGCCUGAUGUUGCUGAGAGGAGUACCCUGCCCUUGGGGACCACCGCUCCUGGACCCACGGAGGUGGCUCAGACCCCGACUCCAGAGUCCCUGCUGACCACGACCCAGGAAGAGUCAGAGGUGCCGGCGAGCGGAGGGCCCAGUGGGGACAUUGAGCUGCAGGAAGAGACCACACAGCCCGACACAGCCAAUGAAGUGGUGGCCGUGGGAGGAGCUGCGGCCAAGCCCUCACCUCCACUGGGGACACUGCCCAAAGGUGCCCGCCCAGGCCCUGGUCUCCAUGACAACGCCAUUGACUCAGGCAGCUCAGCGGCCCAGCUUCCUCAGAAGAGCAUCCUAGAGCGGAAGGAGGUGCUCGUAGCCGUGAUCGUGGGUGGGGUGGUGGGCGCCCUCUUCGCCGCCUUCCUGGUCACACUGCUCAUCUAUCGCAUGAAGAAGAAGGACGAGGGCAGCUACACCUUGGAGGAGCCCAAGCAGGCGAGCGUCACGUACCAGAAGCCUGACAAGCAGGAGGAAUUUUAUGCUUAGCAGAACCACAGUGCCUCCUGCAGCCACCUUGCCCAGUCCUCGGCCCCCACAACAGCCCAGGCUGGGCCUGGGAAGGAGCCUGGCCCUGCCUCCUUCUGCCCAAGCUGCCAGCAUAACACAGAUGGUUCUAAGGAACGGGGCGCUGCCAUCUGCCCCAGACUGUGCCCUUACGAGCUCCUCUCCACUUCCACUCCCUCCAGCCUGGGCCUUCAGGAUCGAUCUUGUGUCCCGUGGACAAGAGGAAGGAAGCACCACCCAGAGCUGUUGGUAGAAACAGGGGCAGGGCCAGGGCUAAGAUGGCCCACAAUGCUUGCUGAUGUCCUCUUCUUGCUACAGAGGCUGCCAUGCUGGCUUCCUGGACCAAGACAUGGCACAUCUAGCCCCCCAAAUCAAAAUCAGCUGCUGCAGCCUUGAGCUGCUGUCCCAAGGCCUUUCUGGGCGGGAGGGUGUCUUUUGUCACCAGCCUGAGCUCAUUGUGGGGUCACUGUCCCCUCUCUCUCCCCUGCCCGGUGCACACGUUCCCAGGCUGCACCUCUUUCUGCAUUGCCUCCCAGGGAAAGGGCUUCCUCAGUGCACAGGGCAUCCAGUGGUGAGGGAGGCCACUCUGGUGUCCCCCUUGAGAGGGGCUGCCACAGAGCCCCUGACAGUCACUGCUCUGCGUCACACAGGAGACAAACACACACCAGUCUUGACCACCCAGCCAGUGAAACAUCACACACAUGCGCCUCCUUCACGCCGCGCUGACGCCCUGCCGCUUCUGCCAUGCAGGCCACUGUCAUCAUCACCAGUGGUGACUAUGCCACCUUCCUCCCGCUCUGUCUCUUUACACCCACCCUUUGGUCCUGCACCUGGCUCCUCUAACCAUCUGGGUCGCCGAGGAAGGCAGGGCCAAGUUGUAGGCAUCAGCCCAUAUUGGGUCCCCCAGAGUCACCCCUACUCCACUCGGUUCCCCACCAUGUCACCCACACCAGCCGGACUGAUACUGAUCCCGGCUGACAUCAGACACAAUCCCACACAGAUGCAGUCUCCCUCCUCUCUGUGGCUCACAGGGAGGGAGGUUUGGGGCUAGCCUCCACCAGCCAAAUCUGAAGGAAGAAGGCUUGAUGCCUCAAGCCAGGCUGAAGGCUGGGAAGGGAGCUAGGUUCUCCCAUGACCAAGGAGCUGUGUGGGUUGUCCCUGGUCUCCAUGUAUCUCCUUUCUGCUCUGAGCCAGGAGCCAUCUCUGCCUCCCAGGACACAUGUCUCCAAAGUGCCUGUGAGGGUGGGCCUCUGCCCAGGCCCUCUGUGUCCCCUGCCCUGGCCUGGCAAGGCCUACCCACUCUGGGUCCUCUGUGGACACAACUGACCAGGCAGCUUGGCAGUUCUGGCUACAACUGGAUGGACCCACAGCUUAGCAGGCUCAUCCCAUUGCUGUAGGCCCUGAGAGCAGUCGAUGGGGACAGGGGUGUCACAGGCCCCAAGUCUACCUUCCUGUCUUUGUUACCCUUAGAAGUGGGGUUGUUUCAGAGAUAUUUUAAAUGUCAAGUCACAUUCUCUUGGGGAAGGGGGUGUGCCAUGAGAGCUCUCCAAAGGGACAGGGCUUAGGUUAUGAUUGGUCAGCACCCCUCCCCCAUCUCUCACACAUGUCCCAGGUUUAGUCAGGUGACUACCUGUUAUUUCUGUUUCCUUUUAAAGAUAGCUCGACAGCGGACUUAGAAUGAGGACCCACAUCUGGGCAGUGGAGGCAGGAUCUAGGCCAUCAACACAGCUUGUCUUUCUGGGGUGGGAGGGCUCCCACUCUCAGGCUCUGCUCUGUCUUCCAGACCCCAUGAUGCCCUUGAUGGGGCUUAGAGCUUGGUAAGGAAACCAGCUGGCCCAGACCUUGAGGAGGGGAAGUCAGAGUCCUAGGCCUGUGACCCGGAGGAGGGAGCUUGGCCAAGGUCUUCCCUGAAGCAGGAGAGCUGGGUAGGGAGCAGAGGAGAGCCGGUGCCCCUGCCCCUACCCCCUACUCCUGGCUGCCCUCCUGGGGACUGGAGCUUUGGUGGGGAGACUGGGGAGCUAGGGGAGGCAGCCUCCAGGUGCUCAGCCCCCUGGGACACCAGUACCAGGGCGGGAGACCCCCAGCCAGAGCCCACUUCUCACACCUCAGGGUGGCUCUGGCCUUGGGGCUGUGGGUUUGGCCACCUGGUGCCAGCACUUUCCUGUGUCCUCUGCAUUUGAAAGAAGAGGCUGUGGUCCUCAUGUAUGGGGCCCAGGCACCAAGGCCUAUGUCUAGGCUUUAGGCUGGUGAAAUCUGACCUGAAGGUUAGCAGUGUGUGCAGCCCAAAUGCCCUGGAGCAGCCCGAUGAGGCCAGGACGAUUUAGGAGAGCUCGGUUCAAAGGGUGAACUGAGGCUCCUUUUCAGUGCAAUGUGGGGGCAGGGUCCUCACCCUGCCCCAGAAACAAGGUACGCACAGAGCCUGCCCACACGAGUCCAGAGACACCUCAGUGCUCUUGGGAAGGUGUUCAGGACGCUGGCAUGCCUGGAAGAAAAGUGCAUUCUGAAUGGGAGGAGUGGAUAUGUCUUGGACCUCUCCAGGUCCUGGUUUUUCCAAGAGAGCAAGACAAGCUGGGGCCAGAGAGCCGCAGAUCUAGGCUUCAUCUCUCUUGGGGGGCCAGACUAGGGACUCUAUGUGCAAGGUUGAUCACCUUUGAUUGCCAGAGGCAUGUGGGGUGACAGCCAGGACUGGCUGGGCAGACCUGCAGAGCUUAGGAAGCUGGGGCCAGACCCCUUAGGCUUAGCUUAGCUGUCCACCAGGCCUCCAGACUGGGGCUCCCACAGAGAGCAGAGCCAGCAUUGCUUUCAGGGCAGGGGUGGCUGCCUAGGCUGUCCUGGCUUUCCCCUGGGAUGUGCCUCCCCAGCCUUGGUGUCUGUAAAUAGAAGCCCACACUGUACAGAUUAUAGAGAUGCCCAAACUGGGCCCUGGAGUCACCAUCUGAGGGGCUGAUGGCCUGGCCUCCCCCAGGUGCCCUCUGGGUGCUUGGGUGUGCCUGGCCCCAGCGUGGUGAAUGCAUGUAUAUACUUUUUGUAGACAGUGUGGCUCCAGAGAGCCCCCGAGACAGUGUCCCCCCACUGGUUCAUCCUCUCUCCUGUACAGAGCCCACCCCCCAGCCCCUGGGCAACCAGGCACGGGGGUUUCCUCCCCUCCCCAGGCUCUUCCUACCCUUUCUUCCCCUAUAACCUGUUUAUUAACCAUCCCUGUCCUGAGUUCAUGGCCAAAAUUUAAAUAAGAAAUGGAGGAAAGACAGUUGGAUAAAGAUUCCAAGGCCAGGUCCACCCCACUGCGGGUGCCCAUCCACCCCUGCCUUGGGAAGGACACGACUUGCUUUGUUUGGUUUUCUGUUUGUUUUGUUUGUUUUUUUAACAUUUCCCUGUGCUGUGCCCAUUUA